AUGACGACACUACUGUCUCUACCCCGCGAGCUGCUUCGUUGCAUUCUAUCGGAGGUUUAUAGGCAUACAGAACCUGAAUGUUUUCAGUUAAUGCCGUUGUUUGAGGUGUACACGAACAGUAUUCCCACGCUGAAAUCCCUGUCACAAACAUGUCGCCAGCUUCACCAGGCCGUCGUACCUUUCCUCUACAGAGACAUAAGCUUAGAGAGAACAACCGGUCCAGCACUCAUAGCUCUUCUGCGGUAUUUUGAAGCAAAUCCAUACUCAGCAAGUUGUGUUCGAAAAAUAUACAUCAACUGGAACACUCUAGAUAAAGAUGCAUUUGUCUAUUCCUACGAUGACACGGAGUUUAUCAACGGCCUAGCCAAAAGCCUCGGACUAAGUUUGCCUGAAAACUGGGAUGUGUAUGAGGAGAGUACGAGCAUCCUGGCAGGUCUAGUUCUCCUCAAAGCGAGCGAUGUCCAGACUGUGGAUGUCAAAGGGUACCCAGCGUCAUUUUACCAGAGCAUUCCGGUGCGUGCAUCUCAUCGGUUAAGGUCUUUUAAAGAGUUUCGCUCUUCGGUCAGACCAGGAGACUUUCGUCCAGAACCAAUGUACGACUUGUGCCGUCUCAUAAAUCUAGCACCUCAUCUCAAAGUCUUCCACGCGAAUAACCUGCUUGGAAUGAAUGAAGGUGAUAUUGACUGGAGCAAUAUAACCAGCCUUAAUCUCGAUGAUGAUCAAUUUGGCACGAAAAAAAUCAUUCGAAUUAUCGAAUCAUGCAAGCGCCUGGAGCAUCUUGAAUUCGAAUGUGGCGACGAGAGCCCUGCUCCGGUGAUAGUGGCUCUCGAAAAGCACGCAGAAAGCAUGAAAUUACUCAGUUUCAUUUCCUACGGAGACGACCCCGAGGCUGAUGGGCUCAUCUCUCUAAAAGCUUUUCAAACCUUGGAAGGAUUAACACUCAACGGCCUCGAAUGUGUGCCGGGGACCAUCUUACAGACAAUUCCUCAGUCGCUAAAUCAUCUCCGUAUAGACGGCGAUUUUGAUCAUCUCCAAGAAGAUUUUCAAUGGCUUGCGUCAAAGUAUCUUGAAGGAUCAUUUCCCAAUUUCGAGCGGCUGCGAUUAGAGCCCAUGUGGACCUGUGGACAUGAUACGUGCCCGUUCAUACUGGACGGCAAAAUUAGGCUAGACAAGAUGGAACGUCUCCAAGAUGAGGGGUUCUCUGCCGAAUACGAGGGGUCUACGUGCAAGACACAUUGGGAAAUCGUUCUGGAGCUUGUUAAAGCUGGAAUCCAAGUCUGGGUCGAUCAGCCUGUUCCAUAG